CGGCAGAGCGCUGUGACAGCCACACACCCCAAGGCCUCCAAGAUGAGCUACACGUUGGACUCGUUGGGCAACCCGUCCGCCUACCGGCGGGUAACCGAGACCCGCUCGAGCUUCAGCCGUGUCAGCGGCUCCCCGUCCAGCGGCUUCCGCUCGCAGUCGUGGUCCCGCGGUUCGCCCAGCACCGUGUCCUCCUCCUACAAGCGCAGCGCACUCGCCCCGCGCCUCGCCUACAGCUCGGCUAUGCUCAGCUCCGCCGAGAGCAGCCUCGACUUCAGCCAGUCCUCGUCCCUGCUCAACGGCGGUUCCGGGGGCGACUACAAGCUGUCCCGCUCCAACGAGAAGGAGCAACUGCAGGGGCUGAACGACCGCUUCGCCGGCUACAUCGAGAAAGUGCACUACUUGGAGCAGCAGAACAAGGAGAUCGAGGCGGAGAUCCAGGCACUGCGGCAGAAGCAGGCCUCGCACGCCCAGCUGGGCGACGCGUACGACCAGGAGAUCCGCGAGCUGCGCGCCACACUCGAGAUGGUGAACCACGAGAAGGCUCAGGUACAGCUGGAUUCCGACCACCUGGAGGAAGACAUCCACCGGCUCAAGGAGCGCUUCGAGGAGGAGGCACGGCUGCGCGACGACACCGAGGCGGCCAUCCGAGCGCUACGCAAAGACAUCGAGGAGUCGUCGCUGGUCAAGGUAGAGCUGGACAAGAAGGUGCAGUCGUUGCAGGAUGAGGUGGCCUUCCUGCGCAGCAAUCAUGAGGAGGAGGUGGCAGACCUGCUGGCUCAGAUCCAGGCGUCGCACAUCACCGUGGAGCGCAAAGACUACCUGAAGACAGAUAUCUCGACGGCGCUGAAGGAGAUCCGCUCCCAGCUCGAGUGCCACUCCGAUCAGAACAUGCACCAGGCCGAAGAGUGGUUUAAAUGUCGCUACGCCAAGCUCACCGAGGCGGCCGAGCAGAACAAGGAGGCCAUCCGCUCCGCCAAGGAAGAGAUCGCCGAGUACCGGCGACAGUUGCAGUCAAAGAGCAUCGAGCUGGAGUCUGUGCGCGGCACCAAGGAGUCCCUGGAGCGGCAGCUCAGCGAUAUAGAGGAGCGCCACAAUCACGACCUCAGCAGCUACCAGGACACCAUCCAGCAGUUGGAAAAUGAGCUUCGGGGAACAAAAUGGGAAAUGGCUCGUCAUUUGCGGGAAUACCAGGAUCUCCUCAACGUCAAGAUGGCCCUGGAUAUCGAAAUCGCAGCGUACAGAAAACUCCUGGAGGGCGAAGAGACCAGAUUUAGCACAUUUUCAGGAAGCAUCACCGGGCCUCUGUAUACGCACCGGCAGCCCUCAGUCACAAUAUCCAGUAAGAUUCAGAAAACCAAAGUGGAGGCUCCCAAGUUAAAGGUCCAACACAAAUUUGUAGAGGAGAUCAUCGAGGAAACCAAAGUGGAGGAUGAAAAGUCCGAAAUGGAAGACACCCUGACGGCCAUCGCAGAGGAAUUGGCAGUUUCUGCGAAGGAAGAGGAGAAGGAGGAAGAGGCGGAAGAAAAGGAAGAGGAGCAAGAAGCCGAAGAAGAAGUGACACCUGCCAAAAAGUCUCCGGUGAAGGCCACCGCCCCAGAAAUCAAAGGAGAGGAAGAAGGGGAAAAGGAGGAAGAAGAAGGUCAAGAGGAGGAGGAAGAGGAAGAAGACGAGGGUGCUAAGUCCGACCAAGCUGAAGAGGGAGGAUCUGAGAAGGAAGGCUCUAGCGAAAAAGAUGAAGGUGAGCAGGAAGAAGAAGGGGAAACAGAGGCAGAAGGUGAAGGAGAGGAAGCUGAAGCCAAGGAGGAAAAGGCUGAAGAAGUGGGUGCCAAAGAGGAGCUGACCGCAGAAGCCAAGGUGGGAAAGCCAGAGAAAGCCAAGUCCCCAGCACCCAAAUCUCCAGUGGAAGAGGUGAAGCCAAAGGCAGAAGCCGCAGUGGGCAAAGGUGAGCAGAAAGAGGAAGACCAGAAAGUCGAGGAAGACAAGAAAAAGGUGGCCAAGGAAGCUCCCAAGGAAGAGAAGGUCGAGAAAAAGGAGGAGAAGCCCAAAGAUGUGCCGGAAAAGAAGAAAGCUGAAUCCCCAGGGAAGGAGAAAGCUGAAUCCCCAGGGAAGGAGAAAGCUGAAUCCCCAGCCAAGGAGAAAGCUGAAUCCCCAGCCAAGGAGAAAGCUGAAUCCCCAGCCAAGGAGAAAGCUGAAUCCCCAGCCAAGGAGAAAGCUGAAUCCCCAGCCAAGGAGAAAGCCGCAGAGGAGGUGAUUACCACCAGCAAAACAGCCAAGGUGAGCUUGGAGAAAGAUGCCAAAGAAGAGAAGCCUCAGCAGGAGAAGGAGAAGGAGAAAGUGGAGGAGGAGGGAGGAAUUGAGGAGGAAGGGGGUGACCAGGGUGCAAAGGAAUCCAGGAAGGAAGACAUAGCUGUCAACGGGGAGGUGGAAGGAAAAGAGGAGGAGGAGCAGGAAACUAAGGAGAAAGGCAGCGGGAGGGAAGAGGAGAAAGGCGUGGUCACUAACGGGCUAGACUUGAGCCCAGCAGAUGAAAAGAAGGGGGAUGACAGAAGUGAGGAGAAAGUGGUGGUGACCAAAAAGAUAGAAAAAAUCACCAGUGAGGGGGGCGAUGGUGCUACCAAAUACAUCACUAAAUCCGUAACCGUCACUCAAAAGGUCGAAGAGCAUGAAGAGACCUUUGAGGAGAAACUAGUGUCAACUAAAAAGGUAGAAAAAGUCACUUCACACGCCAUAGUAAAGGAAGUCACCCAGAGUGACUAAGAUGUGAGUCCAUUGCAAAAGGUUAAGCCAUAUGACAAUUUCCAAAUGCAUGUGAUUGACAGCUUCAAAACAGAACGGGUUCUCCCAUGGGGGCUCCAGACAUUGUAUUUUACUUUGUGCAAUAUGAGGGAACUGCAUGCAAGCUCAGGGUGCUCCCUCCUCAGUCUUUGGGGGAUUCAAAUGCAUGAUAUUGUAUGUACCUGGGGAAUUUGCCAGUUUCCCAAGCUGUUGGAAGGGGGGCGCUCAGGGGGGGAUGUCUUGAGAUGUAUUAUGCAAAGUACCAACUGAGCCAAAAAUAAAUGAAACACAGAACUCUCUUAGCCUUAAGAAAGCUAUAUAUGAAUAAUUAUGUUUACCUCACUGGUGCAUUUAAAAUGGACUUUUGUUCAUGGGAGAACCUCGCUACCAUGCACAGUUUGCAACCUUAUGUUGAUCGAUGUUAAAUGUCACAGCAGUACUUGCUCAAUAAAGGUCAUAUUGGA